UUUACUUACGCGAAAGCAACAGCCCCAAUAACGGGGCAAAACAAAAUGUUGACGAUGCAUAGCUUAGUGAAAAUUGUUUUCUUGUUAACAGUACUCGCGACAAUAGCAACAAUCGAAGUUUCCGCGUUCUUGCAAGCCUGGUGCAGGAGAUACGAAAGUAAUGGCAAAAUAAUUCAUUUUUGUUGUCCCGGUUUCAAGCAUAACGGUAUCAAUUGCACAUUUCGCUGUCACAACGACUGUGUCAAUGGCAGAUGUGUUGGACCACUCCUGUGCGAAUGUAAUGAAGGAUUUGCUAAACUGCAUGGGCACAACUCGCCAUGUGAACCUAUUCCGGAUAACUUCACGAGCUCCACCCCGCCAACAUGCGCUGAACGCUGCAGCAAUGGUACCUGUGUGGAAGAUUUGUGUAUUUGUGCCCAAGGUUGGAUGUUGCAGAAACAAGAGAAAGUCGACAUUUGUGCGCCUCAAUGUGGAGAACCCUCCGCCAAUGGUAGUAUCGGUUGUGUAAAUGGCUUUUGCAGUGCACCGGGUAUUUGCGCCUGCUACGAGGGAUUCGUGCCGCUGACUGAUAAUGAAUUCGAGUGUGUGCGUUCGGCCGAUUGGGGACUUUGGAAACAACUGACGCAGGAAUUUUGGUAUUUAACUUUGGCGUGCAUAAUCCUGCUGAUUCUCAUAUUAUUAAGGUGGGGAUAAGGCUUAUUAAAUACAACUAGAAUCACGACGAUUUGUGCAACGUCCUUUUAGAAGCAUUUAAAACCUACAAACACUGGCAAGUGUUAAAUGUGCAGAAAUUCCUGAAAAAAAUACUCAAAUAGGAGAAUAAAAGAAAUAAUUUUUACUUAAUUUUUAAGGCUAGAUUAAUAAUUGAUAACUAGAAUAUAGUAAAGCAAAGAUGUUUUAUAUCUCGCUCUUGGUUUCACACAUUCGGUAAAGUGAUGACUUUUAUAAAUUCAGUUUCGCUAAACGCUUAUUCGAGGAAGGGAUUUUAACAAUACUAUAUAAAAAAAAAUCUAAAAAUCAGUAAAUAAUCAAUAAGUUUUUGAAAAAGUCUUGCAUUUUCGGCCAGAAGGAAGGGUUUUACGCUAAAUCCAACAAGUUGCUUCAUGCCAUAUUUGCUGCCCGUCAAAAUACCUUUAUUAGUGUUUUAUAGCACCUCCUUAAGGGAGGUGAAAACAGCGUACAGCAAUUGAAAGGAGAGUAAUGUAAAGAUAGCAUGAAAAACUCUUAGUUGGGCGGAAGCGUUGGCGGAGGAGUGUUUUGCGCGGAGCUCUCGAUAAACUCAAAGGCUACCAGACCACUGUAGUGUAUUUCAAGUGGAGGUAACCACUGUCAAAAAAGCAUAAAACGUUUAGGGGAGGCAUAGAAAUAGCCUUGAACGUAUAAAAUGCGAACAAGUAAAUUUGAUUGUACUGAUAUUUUUAGAUACUAAAUAACUCUUUAUACCUGCCAGGAACUUGCGCACUUGCAAUGCAAUCAUUGCGCCAAACUUGAGUGUUUUUGGACAAUUUUCCUGACGGUGCUACCCAUGCAUACAAAAAAUAUUGGACUUGCUUUUUGAGCCUAAAAUGCGUGGCUGAAAUCAUUUCAAAUUUUCUUAAGCAAUUUGUUUUAAAAUAAAAGCAUUGACGUAUACUAUACAUCUUGCACAGCCUCUGUUGAUAAAAACGACUGCUGUUGGGAACAUAUCAAUUUACCCUAUAUACAAACUUGUAAAGCUCUUAAAACAGUUUUCCCUCCAAAAAUGUUGCAUAGACAUUAUCAUCAAGGCUUCCAAAAAUUAUGUGAUUAUACGCAAGCACUUUGCAAAAUAUUUAUAAAACAAAAGUUUAUUAAAAAUUUGUGAUAACUUAUUUGACAACUUAAAUUUUAAAAGUAUCAUUACUUAGCCAUAU